UGCGAGCAUCUCCGCGCUGUAUUCCGUGUCUAACCGAAAAGUCGUUCUAUAUAAGUUUGUGUUUAUUUUUCGUUAGUGUGUGCUGUUCUUAGUGCAUUCCAUGGUGCAAGGUUAAUUUUUUUCUUUUGACAGCAUCAGUUUGUACCUGCAGAGGGUUUGAGGAUUUAGUUUGCAAAGACAGGGGUGGAUUAUCUAAAACACAAACAUGCACGAUAUGGCCAGCAAGAUGGCCGAAUUGAAAUUCGAAGCGCCCUUGGCAAAAUUUGAGGAAGCGGAUGAUUGGAUUGAUUUUCAAACAGGUGGGAAUUUGAAAGCUGCAGCCAUAAAUGACACCUUAAAUUUGAAUAAUUUAAAAAUAUUGAAACAACAACAAAAAUCAGAGGAGUUAUUCAUGAAAAAAGAGAGUGAAUUUAUAAAAGAUUCCAACGAUCUUAAUGAUAAUGAUGAUUUAUUUGGAGAUGCCAAUGAUAACAACUCGAUGAUGGAUAAUAACGAAGUUAAUAAGAUGAAGCAAAACCAGAAAAUAAAUGCUGACUCGUCGGAUAAUUUUAACGAAACGUUUUCGGGAUCCUUGGAAGAUCUUGUUAACACGUUUGAUGAGAAAAUAACAAAAUGUUUUGGUAAUUACGAGGAAUCGGUGGAGAAUUUGGCGCCGGUUCAAAUUAGGACACAGGAGGAGAUCAUGAACGACUGCCAGGUGUGGUGGACGUUAACCGGGAGCUACGGUAAUAUUUUGCCCAUUGACUGGACGCGUUCGAGUGCUCGGCGCCUGCAUCUUCCGACCCUUCGCCUUGCGGGGGCCGCUCUGGGUGGUGAUACGCCCGUCACGCCGCAGAUUCCUGAUUGGGGCUCCGAAGACGAAGCUAUCGCAUCUGAUCUGGAUAUGCAUAAACUGAUUCUUGGGGGACUGCCAUCAGAAGACGAACCACCAAUGAAGACUGCAGAGGAAGUUAUUCGGGAAAUCGAUGAUCUGAUGGAUGAAGGUUCGGCGGAUGAAAGUUCAUACGGCACUACACCUGGAGUCAAUGAGGCACUUGCCAGUGCCGCUGAAAGGGCUCGGGAGGUUCUUGGUUCACCUCUCUAUAAAGACAAACUACGAACAAUGUCUUUGUCUGAACUGAAUGAAGUGUAUAUGGAACUUGAAUCUCUAAUUCGAGACUUCUCAGAAACGUUAAUUGCCGAGCUAGCAUUGAGGGAUGAACUGGACUACGAUAAAGAACUCAAAAAUGCAUUUAUUUCCCUGCUACUCGCUGUUCAGAAUCGCAGGAGGCAGCAUCAUGUAGAACGUAAACGUAACAACGGCGGUGCUCCAGGUACGCAAAGGACCUCUAUGCAAUCAAAAUAUUUGACAACCGUGAUUCCGUACCACGCCGAAGCUGGCACACCUGACAAUCGCGCGCUCAGCGUACUCAUCAAAAUUUUGAAAGCCAUCAAUGAAGACAGUCCUACCGUACCCACCCUGCUCACAGAUUACAUUCUGAAGGUUCUUUGUCCAACAUAAAUUUUGCUAUCAAGCCGCUAAAUAAUAUAAGUUAAAGAAAAACGUUUUAAAGUUUUGAACAAAACAAAUUUUAAAACUUAGGAUUAAUGUAAUAUUUUAUGACCAUCAUCACAUUUUUAAAAU